UAAUAUUUUCACCAAACCUCCAUGAUUUGCUUAUUUAGAAACUAGAAAUGUCUUUUCCUCAAAAGUAUUUUUAGAAAGUAACGAUUUAUAUUUUGAGGAUAAUAAUGUUAUUUAAUAAGUUAAAGCAUGUGUUUAAAAUUUUUUACAUUACUAAUACAUGAAAAAUAUCAUGUAUUACUAAUACACCUCCGUACACAAUAAAAAAUUAUAUAGGUUAAAAAUAUAGUACCAAACAAGGUAUUCAGUAGUACACAUUAAUUAGUGCAUGAAUUAUUUUUUCUUAAUACACUCUAUCAAACGACCUUCAAGUACAUUUUUACUCUUCUUGGUAUUUUUAUUUCUUUAUAUUUUAAAAAGAAAUAUUUAUUUUCUUUUUUAGUUUGUUUAAAAAAAAAUGAUCUCUUUCAUUUUUUAGUAGUACUUUAAUUUUAGCUUUCCAUAAAUAUAUUUGAGACCACAUGAUUAAAUAUUUUUUUGUAAUAUAUUUGACAUAACUUUAAUUCAAGAUCAUGAAAUUUAAAAAUAUUUUUUAUUUUUUUAAACUUAAUGUUCAAUUAAAAUAAGUAUUCUUUUUAAAACUUAGAGAGACUAUACUGCUCAGCCCUUGUUAUUCCAGCCAUCUAAACCUUCACCCCAAAACAAGCAGCGCAAUUUAGCGUCCAUCUCUAACCUCUAUAAAUACCAAAAGAUCCCAAAAAAGAUUCCAAUAUAGAAUCAAAAUCCAAAUCCAAUUAGUAAUAUUCAAAUUCCCAAAUCAAAUACGUAAACUCUUUUUCCCCCUUCGCGCCACAAAAAUGCGAUUACCAAACGGCGAUCUAUCCACGUGUCAUCCUCUCAACAACUCCAUCACCGGCUCCGCCUCCUCCUCCUCCGAAGACGACGGAGGUUCACUGGAGGAGACUUAUUCUCCGGUGACAUUAGUAGACAAUGAAGGACUUCUAGUUCCGCCGCUCAAUUUCGCUAUGGUUGAUUACGGUGUUUUCCGUUCCGGUUUUCCUGAUACUGCUAACUUUGCCUUCUUACAAACCCUAGGUCUUCGCUCUAUUAUAUAUUUGUGUCCGGAGGCGUAUCCUGAAGCGAAUGUGGAGUUUUUGAAUGCGAAUGGAAUUCGGCUUUUUCAGUUUGCUAUUGAAGGAUCAAAGGAACCACCAAUGGUCAACAUUCCAGAGGAAACAAUAAGAGAAGCAUUGAAAGUUGUCCUCGAUGAAAAGAACCACCCUUUAUUAAUUCACUGCAAAAGAGGAAAGCACCGAACUGGUUCUCUCGUGGGGUGCCUUAGAAAAUUACAGAAAUGGUGCCUCACUUCAAUUUUUGACGAGUACCAAAGGUAUGCUGCUGAGAAAGCUAGAGUAUCCGAUCUGAGGUUCAUGGAGUUGUUUGACAUUUCCGGCUUCAAGCAGCCACCGGCAUCCUGUUCUCAUUCCAAGAACUAAAUGGAUAAAAUGUACAGUACGAGAGGCAAUUUUGGCGUUGCACAUUUACGCGAAUCAAAAUUUUUGAGUCCACUCCCAAGAGUAUUGGAUUCCUCAUAUGAACUUUGGUUACGGUUUUCGUUACUAUCCGGUUCUUCUUUUCUUUGGACAUGGUCUCUCUUUGUAGAAAGUAGAUGUCAUUUGUUAGAUGUUGCUUGGCCCCUAUGAUAAAGGGUCUCUUUCUUUCCUAUUUUUGUGUUCAUUGGAGAUGGAUUUUGGGAGUGGUAAAGUUGCAUUGUUUUUGCUUAUGAGAAGGGAAACGGGAAGGUUGUGUUUUCGUCCGUUGGCGAAAACUGUCAGAGCAAGGAUUUUUACUAAGGGGCGAGCUACCUUACACCAGCCGUAGAUGUAGAAGGUUGUUUACGAUAGACCCUUCAAAUAGUAACUGGACAUGAAUCGGAAUCGAAGGACAUGAAUACCAUCACUAUUAAUAUGGACGGAUAACUAUUGUUACGCACGUGGAUGCAAUAUAUUUUGCUAUGGAGAUAUUAUAUACACACGAAUACAAUUUAUUUCAUUAUUAUU